AUGGCAAAACUCUUUUCAUUCUUCUUCCUUUUCUUCUUCUGUGGCACUUUCCAAUUGAGAACAAAUGGAUGGAGUGAACUGAACUUCACUUGCCCUGCCUGGACUAAUGUCUUGCUGCAAGGAAUAGCUUUACCUGCCUCUUUGGGGGACAUCCAAUAUGUUUCUCUCACGCCAUCGCUAUUUAUUUCAACUUCAGAGUCGGGCUUCGCGACUUACAACAAAAUAGUUCCUCUAUGGAAUAACUCUGACUCUUAUCACCCUCUCGCCAAUUUCACUACCCACUUUUCUUUCUCUCAAACGGUUGGCAUAGUAUCCAGGGCUGGAAUCGUUUUUUUCAUGGCUUCUUCUGACUUGAAGCCGCCUGUAAAUGCCACUGGUCUCUUUAAUCAGACAUCUCAUGGCAACUUCUCCAAUCAUAUUGUAGCGGUGGGGUUUGAUUCGUUCAUCAAUCAUUUCGAGUUUGUUGACAACAUUGUAAAAAUCAAUGUGAAUAAUGUUGUUUGCAUGGUUAAUAUCUCUGCCAACAAUCCCUGUGUCGACGACGGCGUGAGAUGUGACGCAUGGAUCGAUUACGACGGGGUAGCAAAGAAACUCCAAGUAUUUCUUGCAUGUCUAAAAAAUUCUUCACGAAUUUUUGCGCUUAAACCCACAAUACCGAUCUUGUCGUAUAAAAUAGACCUCACUCAGAUUCUUCCUCAGAAUGUCACGGUUGGCUUCUCCGCUUCAACCGACUUUUAUUCAGUGAUGGCCCACGACAUUUACAGUUGGGAGUUUUCUUCUCUGUAUUCAUGGGAAAUUCACACGCAGUCCAAAAUUCCAGCGUACCAGACAAAUAGGAGAAGCAAUGCUAUUCUGUCGUUUAUUAUAGCCUGCGUGGCGGUGGUAGUGAUAACAAUGGUCGGUUUGGCGCUUCUCUUAACCCAGUGGCGGCAUGGUAAUACAAACAAGCUGAAAAGCAGAGAACUGGACAAACAGUUUGCUCAAGGCCCGCGUAAGUUUUCCUACGCUGUCCUCCGCGCUGCGACGAAGAACUUCAGCAAUGAGCAGAUGCUUGGAAAAGGAGGCUUCGGACAAGUCUACAGAGGCAUCUUGUCUCCGUCAAAGGAAAACGUGGCAGUGAAAAGAAUAUCGCAAUGCUCCAAACAAGGGCAAAAGGAAUAUAUUUCAGAAGUGAGUAUAAUCUCUAAGCUGAGGCAUCGGAACCUUGUGCAACUCCACGGAUGGUGCCAUGAAAAGGGCCGCCUGCUUCUUGUCUACGAGUUUCUGCCCAAUGGAAGCCUUGACAAAUAUUUGUUUGGGGAGCAAAGCAAGGGUGAUUUAAAUUGGGAUCUGAGGUACAGUAUUGCCUGUGACAUAGCCUCUGCUCUUCUAUAUCUUCACGAAGAGUGGGACCAGCGCGUUGUGCACAGAGAUAUAAAGGCCAGCAAUGUAAUGUUGGAUGCCCAAUUCAAAGCAAAGUUGGGGGAUUUUGGGCUGGCGAGAGUGGUGGAACGUGAGCGUGGAGUCUCCGACACAACAGUGGUGGCAGGCACAUUUGGUUAUCUUGCACCCGAAUGUGUCGUUACCAGAAAAGCAAGCUUAGAAUCGGACGUCUUCAGCUUUGGAGCAGUGUGUCUGGAAAUUGCGUGCGGAAGGAGGGCUGUGGAUCGGAGCUUGGAUGAUCAUAAUUGGAGAUUAGUCGAAUGGGUGUGGGACUUGUAUGGAAAGGGGAAGAUUUUGGACGCCGCAGAUGCAAAGCUGGGUGGAAAUUUCUAUGGCGAUGACAUGGAAACCGUGUUAUUAGUGGGGUUGUUGUGCUCUCAUCCAGAUCCCAAAGCCAGACUGAGCAUAAGACAGGUGGUUGAUAUCCUGAAAAUGAAAGCUCCACUCCCUCUUCUUCCUCUGACUUAUCCAGAAACCGUGUACACUACCUCUCAUGGUCCUGUCUUUGCUUUAUCGUUCAUUUAUGAUGGAACAUUUCGUACUGCAGAGAGCUCCUGGAAUAUUGAGAGUGCAUAA